AUGCAGUGUUUGAUCACCAUGAACUCAUCCUUCAAUAUCUCCUCAUCUCUUUUGUUUCUUUGCAUUCUAAUUUGCUGCCUAAGCCUCAGAAUCAAAGCAACCCCAACUUUCGUAGAUAUUUUUUGCCCACAGACACAACAACAACUUGCACUCGCACAUACCAAUGCAACCUCAACACCCUCUUCUUCCCUCUCCUCCAAUUCCACCUCCAUCAAUGGCUUCUUCUAUUCCUACGCCAGCCUCAACCCCCUCGAUAUAGCCUACGGCUGCUUACUCUGCCGCGGUGAUGUUUCCACCACGGUCUGUCAAAACUGCGUCUCCUUUGCUACUAGAGAUGUAUUACAAAAAUGUCCAAAUUCAAAGGUUGUUACGAUUUGGUACGAUGAGUGCAUGUUGCGAUACUCGAACCAAUCCAUCAUCGAUAUUGCCGAUGAGUCAAUUAUAUCGUGUGUAAGUAAUACCCUCAACAUAACGAACCUAACCAGUUUCAGAGGAGUGUUGGGAGGUCUAAUGGAUGAUAUAGUGACACGGGCUUCGAAUGGUCGGUCGUCUAAGAAGUUCACGAUGGGUCAGGCUAAUUUCUCGUUUCUUCAAACGUUGUAUGGAUUAGCGCAGUUCACGCCGGACUUGAUUGUUUUGGAUUGCAAUAAAUGCCUUGGAAUUUCUAUCUCCAUUAUUCCGAGCUCUUUUGAUGGAAGUCUGGAUGCUGAGGUUCUGUUUUCGAGUUGUAAUGUUAGGUAUGAGUUCUACCGUUUCUAUAACGUCACCGACACUUCACCACCGCCUUCACCAGUCCUUCUUCCCCCACGUCCUCGUCCUGCGAGCAGUCCAGAAUGUUCAGAAAAUUAUGGUGUGGCCCAGCUUUCGGGGAUAGUUUUCAGUGAGGUCCCCGGAAAUGCAGCGAAGGGAGGUUGCCGGAUAUUGUGGAACGCUGCAGAUUCACUGAAGAGGUUGGAAUGGGCAGAUUCUAACCAGAUUGGACAACCAGAUACAGAUCGAGAUAGAUCAUUGAAGACCAAAGGAGAUCAGGCUUAA